GUUCUUUGUGAGAUGGAGAUGGUGACGUCAAAUGAACUCUAUAAAGACAUAAAUUCAUCGUUCGACAGGAACAACAUAACAGGGAGGAUGAAUCUUUCUGUUCUCCUCCUUUUUCUGUAUUUGCAUAGCUAAUGAAGGUUCAGUCUUUCAUAAGUUGAACUGGCUGAGGCUCCUUUCUCACUUGCACAUUCUAUCCCGGCAAAUACAUUGUUGACUGACCAGACAGUGAACAUCUGCUACAGGAAACUAAUUAUUGAAUUAUUAAUAUCUUACAUUUAACAAAAUGUUGGAGAUGCUUGAAUAUAGCCAUUAUCAGGUGCAGACACACCUGGAGAACCCAACUAAAUACCACAUCCAGCAAACUCAGAGGCAACAGGUGAGGCAAUACCUAUCCCCCAGCCUGGGGGGUAAAGCUGGCAGCCAGGCCAGCAGCUUCCAGUGCCCCAGCCAGCCCCCGGACCACGGGAUGCCCCCAGGCCCAGGCAGCAGUGCCCCCAACAGCCCCAUGGCCUUGCUGACCCUCAGUUCCAACUGUGAGAAAGAGAUGGAUGAUGUAAUUGACGACAUCAUUAGCUUGGAAUCAACUUACAAUGAGGAUAUUCUUGGACUUAUGGACCCUGGACUCCAGAUUUCAAAUACGUUACCUGUUUCUGGCAGCCUUUUGGACAUGUAUGGAAACCCAACGCUUCCCCCUCCUGGUCUUGCCAUCAGCAAUUCCUGUCCCUCCAGCCUACCCAAUAUCAAAAGGGAAUUCUCAGUUACUUCAGCUCCGGGCAUGAUGCACAUACUGGACAAGCCUGGAUCCUGUGGCCAGUUUGAAAACUAUCAAAGGCCAGAUGGCUUUCCAGUAGAAUCUGAGGUACGUGCACUCGCUAAAGAGAGACAAAAGAAGGACAACCACAAUCUAAUUGAACGAAGGCGGAGGUUCAAUAUCAAUGAUCGCAUAAAAGAACUGGGUACUCUGAUUCCAAAGUCUAAUGACCCGGACAUGCGCUGGAAUAAGGGGACCAUUCUGAAGGCCUCUGUGGACUAUAUCAGGAAGUUACAGAGGGAGCAGCAACGGACAAAGGAGCUAGAAUGCAGACAGAGGAGACUGGAGCAUUCUAACAGACAUUUGAUGCUACGCAUACAGGAGUUGGAGAUGCAGGCGAGGGCUCAUGGUCUUGUUGUGGUGGCAUCCUCCUCCCUCUGCUCCUCAGAGCUGAUGGCACGAGCCAUCAAACAGGAGCCCGUCCUUGGUGACUGUCCCUCAGACCUCUACCAGCAGCCCUCAGGGCCUGACAUGUCUCCUCCCACGACACUGGACCUCAACAAUGGCACUAUCAGCUUCAACGAGAGCCCUACUGACGUCGGAGACCUGGGCCCCUACUGCAAGGCCACCAAAAUGAAGGACCUUAUGAGGGACAACUGCCAGUCUCCCCUUAGCCCCAGUGACCCCCUUCUGUCCUCAGUGUCCCCAGAUGGCUCCAACAGUAACAGCCGGCGCAGCAGCAGUUCCAGCAUGGACGAGAAUGAGCAUGGUUGUUAGCACUGACCACAUCCUCAGACCAUGCUCAUAUUUUGUACCAUAGCAUUACCAUUACUGGGGCUUCUGGCCUGCUCCCAAUCAGCACCAGAGGCUGUCUGUAACACUAAAAGGAUGAAGACAGACAUUCCUCUGUUUGCUUGCAACAAACCCAAUUAAUUUUAAAAGCAUUAAAAAGAACGGGACAUGUUUUUUAACAGCUUUGUAUUUUGUUAAGGCAGAAUCAUGUUCCCAGUUUUGCCCUUUUCUGUUGUUGUACAUUGUAAUGCUAUAAUGUGAUAUAAUUGAAGAUAAGCUCUGUACGUUAGCAGUGAGUUUGAUUCCAUAUUUUCCCAUCUGAGUGUGUCUUUCAUAUUCUUACAGUCAUCUGACUAUGGCAACAGGACGCUCUACCCGAGCUAGGAACCUGUCGACCUGCUCUAGGGCCAAUAUACAGGCAUGUUCAUCUUCAUGUUUAGAUUAUUGUUGUGAACACUCCAUAACAUUUUUGCCAUCAAUCUUCAACAUCAAGUGUUGAUUUUAUCUACAGUACAUUAUUAAAUUAUUUGACAUUUCACACUCCAUACUUACUUAUUAAAUCUCUAUUUAGGACUGUUAUGGUCAAGCAGUCAUAGUCAUGCGGAUGAAAUGAGAAGGUUCAGCGUAAACCCAUGUAUUGGUCAUAUGUCAGUACAUUGUUAUAAUUACUGUUGUACAAUGUAAUAUGUUUUGGUUUGCAACUUUAUUCACUUACGUAAUCAACCAGAAAUGGACACCAGCAGUUUUUCUCCCCUACAAUCUGUGUUCCAGACAAGAAUAUUAUGCCUAUUAUGCCCUGCUUGUGUCUACAGGCACUGGGGAUAGACACGUUCAUUUCUGGAUCUACGUAAUAUGAAUAGGGGAUGAUCUGCAGUCCCAUUUGAUAAACUGAUCCCAUAUAGAGUAAAAUGCAGGAAAAGGCACAUGUACUUCAGGAUAUAAUAGGAAUGAUGAUUAAUUUAUUUGAGAUUAAAUGAUCAUAGGAUAUCUGAAUUCAAAACGUGCCUCUGAUUUCAGUCAUUGAAAUGUAAACUGUAAAUUAAAGUUUAUUCUAAA